GAGCAUUAAAGUCCGUGCCGCGUCCCCGUCCCCCGAUGUAUACAACUCAGGGGACGGAGGGAGUAACGAAUAAGCCUUCGGGUUUGCGAGGUUUGAAACGAAAAUAAAAGGGGUACAGUAAUAGAAGGAUCUAGAAACCCUAAUCUGGUUAUAUAGUCUCCGCCUCUUGAUUAAUUCAAGUCAGCUUCUUUCUUGUUGUAAUCUCAAACCCUAGAUCUUCAAUCAACUCGUCUCUCUUUCUCUAAUGGCGGACACUGAGACAUUUGCUUUUCAAGCCGAGAUUAAUCAGCUUCUGAGCUUGAUUAUCAACACUUUUUACAGCAACAAGGAGAUCUUUCUUCGUGAACUCAUCAGUAACGCUUCUGAUGCUCUAGAUAAAAUUCGCUUUGAAAGCUUGACGGACAAGACAAAGCUCGAUGCCCAGCCAGAGCUCUUUAUCCACAUCAUUCCAGACAAGGCCAGCAAUACCCUGACACUAAUUGAUAGUGGCAUUGGCAUGACCAAAGCUGAUUUGGUAAACAAUUUGGGUACCAUUGCAAGGUCUGGUACUAAAGAAUUCAUGGAAGCUCUUGCUGCGGGUGCUGAUGUUAGCAUGAUUGGACAGUUUGGUGUUGGUUUCUAUUCUGCCUACCUUGUUGCUGAGAAGGUUAUUGUAACCACUAAGCAUAACGACGAUGAACAGUAUGUUUGGGAAUCCCAAGCUGGUGGAUCUUUCACCGUUACCAGAGAUACUUCUGGAGAGGUUCUUGGAAGGGGUACAAAAAUUGUUCUCCAUCUUAAAGAGGACCAGCUAGAAUACCUUGAGGAGCGCAGGCUCAAGGAUCUUGUGAAGAAGCAUUCUGAGUUCAUCAGCUACCCAAUCUCUUUAUGGAUUGAGAAGACCACCGAAAAAGAAAUUUCAGAUGACGAGGAUGAGGAAGAAAAGAAAGACGAGGAAGGCAAGGUAGAGGAAGUUGAUGAAGAGAAGGAGAAGGAAGAAAAGAAAAAGAAGAAGAUUAAAGAAGUGUCUCAUGAGUGGUCCUUGGUUAACAAACAGAAGCCCAUCUGGAUGAGGAAGCCUGAGGAGAUCACCAAGGAGGAGUAUGCUGCCUUCUACAAGAGCCUUACUAAUGACUGGGAGGAGCACUUGAACGUAAAGCACUUCUCUGUUGAAGGCCAGCUUGAAUUUAAAGCUGUUCUAUUUGUUCCUAAGAGGGCACCCUUUGAUCUCUUUGACACGAAGAAGAAGCAGAACAACAUUAAGCUGUAUGUCCGUCGUGUUUUCAUCAUGGACAACUGUGAGGAUUUGAUCCCAGAAUACCUGAGCUUCGUUAAGGGUAUUGUUGAUUCCGAGGAUCUCCCCCUUAACAUUUCUAGGGAGAUGCUGCAGCAGAACAAAAUUCUUAAGGUCAUUCGCAAGAACUUGGUGAAGAAGUGCCUUGAACUCUUCUUUGAGAUUGCAGAGAACAAAGAAGAUUACAACAAAUUCUAUGAAGCUUUUUCAAAGAACCUUAAGCUUGGCAUUCAUGAAGAUUCCCAGAACAAAACAAAGAUUGCUGAGUUGCUCAGGUACCACUCUACUAAGAGUGGGGAGGAAAUGACCAGCCUGAAGGACUAUGUCACCAGGAUGAAAGAGAACCAGAGUGAGAUCUAUUACAUUACUGGGGAGAGCAAGAAGGCUGUUGAGAACUCUCCUUUCCUUGAGAGGUUGAAGAAGAAAGGUUAUGAAGUGCUGUACAUGGUUGAUGCUAUUGAUGAGUACGCUGUGGGUCAGUUGAAGGAAUUUGAGGGUAAGAAGUUAGUUUCUGCUACCAAAGAGGGGCUUAAACUCGAGGAGAGUGAAGAUGAGAAAAAGAAAAAGGAGGAACUGAAGGAGAAGUUUGAGGGACUCUGCAAGGUUGUUAAAGAUGUUUUGGGGGACAGAGUUGAGAAGGUUAUCGUUUCUGAUCGUGUAGUGGAUUCACCUUGUUGCUUAGUUACUGGUGAGUAUGGCUGGACUGCUAACAUGGAGAGGAUCAUGAAGGCCCAGGCUUUGAGGGAUUCAAGCAUGGGUGGUUAUAUGUCAAGCAAAAAGACAAUGGAAAUUAACCCUGAGAAUGCUAUAAUGGAGGAGCUCAGAAAGAGGGCUGAUGCUGACAAGAACGACAAGUCUGUUAAAGACUUGGUUCUCUUGCUCUUUGAGACAGCUCUCCUUACCUCUGGAUUCAGCCUUGAGGAGCCCAACACCUUUGGCAACAGGAUCCACAGAAUGUUGAAGCUUGGUUUGAGCAUUGAUGAUGAUGAUGAAGUGGUCGAGGCUGAAGACAUGCCUUCACUGGAAGAAGCUGAUGCUGACGCAGAGGGCAGCAAGAUGGAAGAAGUGGAUUAAAUGUUCUCUUCUAGUGCAUGCUAAUCCAGUAUCGCUUCUACUUUCUUUUUUAAUAUUAUAGCCUUCUAAGUUUUAGGUUGUUUUUGAGACUCGGAGGAAUUUAGAAUGUUGGGAAGAACAUGAUAUUUUUGGAAUCCCGAGACUUGUGAUAGUUGGUUCUUUAAGUCCUUAUGCUCUGGCUAUUCAGUUCCAAGAUUGCCUAAAUUGUUUUGUUUUAUGGAAAUAUCUAAUGCGUUUGGCCAGGGCCAUAUAUAA